ACUUUCUCCUACACUAAUACUCCUGGCUUCCACACGACACUCCCUCUACACAUCCUCGCUGCUCGCAACCACCCUCCACUUCCCAUUCCUCUGGCGUUUCGGCGGGAAGUGACUUACACACACGAAUUGUCCGCGUCGAAUUCGAGUCGUAAACACGUCCCAGUCGCGUGCAGCGGCUACCGAUAAGCCAUGUCGCAAGUCAAGUUCGAGCAGAAGGAGUCGAUCCGCACAACAACUGGCGGCAGGCCAGGACCGUCACCAGCUGCGGGCAAGGAAGAUGUGGCCCACAAGAUUGGCGAUGCCCUCACGAAAGGCUCGGGCCCCAACGGAUAUCUUGCUUGGUAUCUGAAGAAGCUCCAGGAUGACCCUCUGAAGACCAAGAUGGUCACCUCGGGAGCCCUUUCUGGCGCGCAAGAGUUUCUCGCUUCGUGGAUCGCAAAGGAUCGCAGCAAGCACGGCCACUACUUCACCAGUCGCGUGCCCAAGAUGGCCGUCUACGGUGCCUUCAUCAGCGCACCUCUGGGCCACGUCAUGAUCUCGAUCCUCCAGAAGCUGUUCGCCGGCAGGACGAGCUUGCGGGCCAAGAUUCUGCAGAUCCUCGUCUCCAACUUGAUCAUUGCUCCCAUCCAGAAUGCCGUGUACCUGACUUCCAUGGCCGUCAUCGCCGGCGCACGCACGUUCCAUCAGAUUCGUGCCACUGUAAAAGCUGGAUUCAUGCCUGUCAUGAAGGUGUCGUGGAUAACAUCGCCCAUUGCCUUGGCCUUUGCGCAAGCCUUCCUGCCCAACGAGGUCUGGGUGCCAUUCUUUAACGUGGUGGGCUUCAUCAUUGGAACGUACAUCAACGCGCACACCAAGAAGAAGAGACUACAAGCUUUGCGAAGGAAGUACCAGGACAGCAGUCGACCUAGCGAUGGCAGAAGUGACUACCGACCAGGCGAUCAAGGCCCUCCCGGCAGCUACUAGAGCAGAUGAACGAACCCCGAGAACGCUUCGCUGAUGGCGUCAAGCUCAGUAUAUAUGCAAAGCGCAGCACCCGUCCUGCAUGGACGACCGACUUGUAAUGUGCGCCGCGUGUCUCGUUAGAACGAAAGGAGGUGCAGACGUACGUAGUCUAAGAAAUUUGUUGACACCAGGAGCCGGCGCGACCACUCCUUCACGCUACAUGGCCCGCGACCACACCUCCUCCUGCAGAUGACAAUGACAUAACGGCAGGGAAAUUGCAGCUCGAUUGGGCAAGUCCCGUCAAAUCUGAUAUCAAUUCGUGUCUCAUCCCACUUCUACGCGUCUGAGACUUCUACACGUCGAAACGGUGAGCAGGUUUGCUCCGCGCGUGGGGUGUACCUAGUACAGUGAGUAGUACAGCAGUACAGCAUGAGAGUGCUGACCCUUCUCUGGCCUCUCCCACCUUUCUUCAUGCAAGAGUGACGAACAUGGUAUAUGCC